AUGCCCAACGUCGAAACACUGAGAUUGUUCGUGCAGUAUACGGACUCCGGACCAACGGUGCACGGCCCGAACGAGGGCCAGCUCUGUCCCACGCUAUGCGGGUUCGCUCCCUCCGCUGUCGUGCUGCGCGGCAUGUCGCUCGUGUUCGAUGACAUCCCGCUGGAGAUCUGGAUCCCCCGAGUCCUGGACAGGAUGAACCGGCUCAUCCUCGUCCUGGACCCGGGACCGACCGGCGAGCAGUGGCGGAGACACGCUAGGACCAGCCAGCCGACCGAGAUGGCUAACGCCGGUAUUGUGUCAGUGCUCCGCGCUCUACCCAAUCUGGACCUCACGAUCGUGUUCAACGCGCGGCCAGGCGAGAUCUGGGACUCGGACUGCAACCCGGUCAUCAUCAAUGCGCUGGGCCACCUGCUGUCCAGCUUUGCGGGCACGGCAACAAUCGUCAACCUCGAGUCUGUCACUUCUCACCCAAAACUGGACCGACAGAGGCAGAUCCAGAAUCUCAACUACUUGCAAGAGGUGCGAUAUGGCCUAAACCGGACGAUCUUCGAGCGGAGCUCCUUCAGCAAUGCCCCGCAGUACCUCUCCAUGCGCGCAUGGCUGCGUCGCUGCCGUCUCAGCAGCAAGGCAGUCGACAGCACCGAGAACGAAUGGGACACGCAAAGCGCCUGGGCCAUCUUUCCGCGGUACGACAGGCGGUUCUUCGAGGAAGAGAGGGAGAGGCUCGCCAUGGAGGCGAGGCACCAGCCGCACCCGCCCAUGGCAUGGGUGCCGCCCCCGGUUGUGGAAGCGCAAUGGGCAGGAUCGGUGUGGAACACUGGCCAGCCGACCGACGGGCCGCCGCCGGGGCUGAUCGCCGAUCCCAACCGCACGGGCGAAACCUCGACCUUGGUUCUCAGACCCAGGCCACAAGACCGAGUCGAGCCUGACGACGGACCCGCCCCGCUCUUCGGUCUCGAUGCGGCGACGCUCGAGGCACUUGGAUUCAACCCCGCGACGGUUGCGGCUAUGGACUCGCAGAGGCGGAGCUUGGUGGAGGCCAUCGCACGCGGAGAGGCGGCGAAUCUUGUCCGAGCAGCUCGGGCUGCACGGGCCGAGGCGACCGAUGCCGCCGGCCGCGCUGGUCCCUCCACCAGCAGCGGUGGGGGCAGCAGCAGUAGAUUGAACGUUGACAUCGAAGCUUAUGAGGCUACAUUUGCGGCGAUGGAUCCGGUGACUAGAGAGAUGAUCCAAGCUCUCGUGCUGGAGGAGCCGUCUUCCCCGCGGCCCCGGCCCCACCCCCCUCGCAAUGCCGACCAAGCGCGGGGUGCUCCACCAGACGAUGACUUCAGCAUCGACGCUGCUCCCGAUUUUGGACAUGUUCCGCAACUUGAAGCACUACACGUCGAGACCAGGAAGGUGAUCGAGGCGCUGGUGCGCAGGGAGGCGGCUGAAGCUGGGCGAGAACGUCUAGCCGGGUCAGCUGAGCGUGCUUUACCCUCCCGGACACGGACGGACAGGCCAGGUCCCUCCACACAAGGAUGUGGGGAUGACAAUCGGACGGAAGAAGCCGACGCUCUCGCCUCGGCCGGUAUCUCCUCGGCCACGCUUGCGGCCAUGGACCCCAGCACUGCAAUGUUGGUGACGGAGUCAGCACUGGACGAGUGGCGACUCCCCGAAGAGCAGCGAGUGAGGGAUGCUGAGCUGGCUGUGCAGCUAUCGGCGCCGGGCGUGCGUACCCGGGAGGAGGCGAGUGAGCCGUCGGCGGCGUUGCGGCCACCCGCGCAGGCGCCGUCUCCGACCCGGCCGAUUGGCAUCCCCACUGCGCCAGCGGUCGAGCCGCGGCCCACACUUGUUCUGCGCGGGUUUCAAGUCCCGGCCGAAAGACCCUCACAGACAGAGGGCGAUGCCCCCCAGGUCGCUGCCGUUUCAAGAGAACCAGCGGCCGUGGAUAGAGUCAGCGCCCGACUCGCCGCUGCGUCAGCAGCCUUGGAACGAUGGCAGGCUCCACGUCCGCGACUUUCCGAUGCGCGUUCACGCGUGCGAUUCGUUGAGCGCUCCGAUCCCAGGCAUCCCGGACAUGGCGAGUGGGUGUACGUCUCAGGUUCCUCGCGAUCGAAGUACUGGGACGUCAAGCCUCUAGUCGCAGACGACGAUCCUCGCCACCCUCUCAAUGACCCCAACACCUCUCCCCUGGCUGUGCGAUGGCCCGCCUACGUCUACGCUACCGGAUCGGCUGACAGUGAGGAGUACACCAUCGGUCAAGCGCCGUUGUGGGACAAUUAUGAAGUCCAGGAGCCAGAUUGCAACCCUGACGACCCCGAGAGUAUCGCAAAGCUCGAGGCGGAGGGGCUGAGAGUGACGUCUGACCCGAGCCCGGAGGUGCCUGUUGAUGAAGUGCAGAGGUUCGUGGUGGACGGAACGUGGAGGCCCGUAAGGGAUUACUCGCACUUGGAUCAGGCUACUUCGCGAUGA